AUGGAAAUCAAAGUCGGAAUUAAUGGUUUUGGUCGAAUUGGGCGUCUUGUCCUUCGUGCUUCGUUGAAUUAUCCUCAAAUUCAUGUAGUGGCUUUAAACGACCCCUUCUUGGACCUUGAUUAUAUGGUCUAUCUUUUCAAAUAUGAUUCAACUCAUGGACGUUUUAAGGGCAACGUUGAAGCUAAAGAUGGAAAAUUCAUUUUGAAUGGCCGAGAAAUUUGCGUUUUUUCUGAAAAAAAUCCUGCUGAUAUCAAGUGGGGAGAAGCUGGUGCUGAUUAUGUGGUCGAAUCUUCAGGAGUUUUCACAAGUGCCGAAAAGGCAGGAGGUCAUUUGAACGCUAAAAAGGUCAUUAUUAGUUCCCCAAGUCCCGAUGCACCAAUGUUUGUAGUUGGUGUAAAUUUAGAGAAAUAUAAGAAAGAAUAUAAAGUUGUAUCCAAUGCUUCUUGCACAACAAAUUGUCUUGCCCCUUUAGCAAAGGUUAUUCAUGAUAAUUUUGGUAUUGCUGAAGGGUUGAUGACCACCAUUCAUUCACUCACUGCUACUCAAAAAACUGUAGAUGCUCAAAACAUUAUUCCAAGUUCAACAGGAGCAGCAAAAGCUGUAGGAAAGGUUAUUCCUGCUUUGAAUACAAAACUCACUGGUAUGGCGUUCCGAGUUCCUACUGCUGAUGUUGGAGUUGUUGAUUUAACAGUACGCUUGGAAAAGGGUACAACUUAUGAUGAAAUCAAGAAAAUUAUUAAACAUGCUUCAGAAAAUGAGUUGAAAGGAAUUCUUGGUUAUACUGAAGAUCAAGUUGUAUCCUCCGAUUUCCUUGGUGAUACUCAUUCCAGUAUUUUUGAUGCUAGAGCUGGUAUCCAAUUAAGCCCUACCUUUGUUAAACUUAUUACUUGGUCUGAUAACGAAUAUGGUUAUUCCUCUCGUUGUCUUGAUUUAAUUGAACAUAUGGUCAAAGUUGAUAAUAAUUAA